UUAUAGAUGGUAGAAAAGGAAGUUCCAUUGGAGGUUCGUAGAGUUCAAAAGUAUUAAAAAAGUGUCUCGGUUAAAAUAGUGAAAAGUGUAUUGUGAUAAAUAUGGCAAAAAGCUACGAUUAUUUAUUCAAAUUAUUAUUAAUCGGCGAUUCAGGGGUAGGGAAAACUUGUGUUUUAUUUAGGUUUUCGGAAGACGCUUUCAAUACAACAUUUAUUUCGACAAUAGGUAUAGACUUUAAAAUCAGAACAAUAGACUUAGAUGGGAAAAAAAUUAAAUUACAGAUAUGGGAUACGGCAGGCCAAGAAAGAUUUCGAACCAUCACAACCGCUUACUACCGUGGGGCUAUGGGUAUUAUGUUGGUCUAUGAUAUAACGAAUGAAAAAAGUUUCGAAAAUAUCAAAAACUGGAUUAGAAACAUCGAAGAAAAUGCAUCGGCAGAUGUGGAAAAAAUGUUAUUAGGUAACAAAUGUGAAUUAAAAGACAAAAGGCAAGUAUCAAAGGAGAAAGGAGAACAGCUUGCCGUAGAAUAUGGUAUUAAAUUUAUUGAAACGAGUGCAAAAGCGAGUAUUCGAGUAGAAGAAGCGUUUUUCACAUUAGCUAGGGAUAUAAAAACUAAAAUGGAAAAAAAGCUGGAAGCCAGCAACCCACCACGAGGACAUCAACUCAAAUCAUCAGAUCCACCGAAAAAACCCACCAGCUGGCUAGCAAGAUGCACCAUACUCUGACCACUUCCCGGAGUUGCUUAAAAACUCAAACACCGCUUAUCGUCAUAAGCCUACCCAACAACUUACCACUAUGCAACUUCAGGUGGGGGUGUGUUUAAAACUGUUUAGACAUGCCUGAUAAGAGUAUACUUACUCUUGUAUGACCAUUUCUCAGAAAAAAAAAAUCAGUAUUUUAAUCGUUUCAUGUAUUGUAAUUAUAAUAUUAUUACAUCAUAUUUUUUUCAUUAUAACGGAAUCAAACUAGAUACGAACUGUAGAUUAUAUCCAUAAUAAAUCUUUUUUUUUUUUUCAUUAUAACGGAAUCCAACAAUAUACGAACUUGUAGUUUAUAUUCAUAAUCAAAUUAUUUCUCUUGCGUAUUGUUCAAUUUUGUUGUAAUAUUUAUCGGAUGACAGCGAUUACUCAUUAAUCUUGCUUUUUUUGUUAAUAUGACAUUUACAAAUAAUUUAACUACGUUAAUCAAAUUAUAGUUGGACUUUGGAAGCAAAAAAAUUGGAUAAAACUGCAAAUUAUUUAUACCCAAGUGGAAAUCUCACGUCUCUUUCUAGUUAUAAAGUUACAUUCUUCCACUUUUCAAAAAUAUAUUAGUUCUCAAAUUAUUUUUUAUGGGUAGUAUUAGUUCUACCCAUACUACAACGAAUGUAAAGAUCUGCUGUUGAUUUUUACAAAAGCUGAAGUUUUGGGACUAACAGUGUAGUAAUAUGUUCUAAAGUAUGUCAAUUAAUGAAGCUUUGAAUAAAUACCAUUUCGCUUUCGUUCUAAAGAAGUGUUUCUAAUACAUAUCUUGACCUCAUCUUGGUACAUUCAAAGGAUCUUAUAUGUAUUUCUUAUGAAAGUAUCAAUAAAUUUAUGCAGUAGUUGUUCAUUGUCUUAUAUACGUUCGUUUUCUUAUUCUACAUUUUUUGCUGCUUACGACCAAGAUUCUUGAAUAUUUAGGACAUGUGUACCUUAUCCAUCGAACAAAAAGACAAGAGGGAAUGUAAAGGAAGUGGGGGCAAAAAUAUUGUUAGACAGAGGUGCCAUCUUGAGAGGCCACAAUAAAUAAGGAAAGAGAGUCUCUUUUCUUGUUUAAAUCAAAUUUAGUUGGGUUAUGUUAGUGUUUAUCCCAACUGUCACAUGAAAUCUUAUUUAUAUUGAAGUUUUUUAACAAUUCUGUCGCAUUUUAGACUAUUAUCGUUAAUAUUUAAUUAAAAUUUCUCUUGUAAAACACAUUUUGAAAAAUAUUUUAUAGCUACUGUUCAUAAGUGUCAUAAAAUUUAAAUUUGGCGCAUUCGCAUUUCCGGAUAUGUCCGCCAUCAGAGGCCACUUUUUUGGUCGUCAUUUCAUAACGAUUAGAUUAGAUUCCCUCUUUUGUAUUUUUGCUCGAUCAUCUUCCUUGAACUGCGAGCGUAUUAUACAUGAAUUUCCUUUUUUUUUUGUUAGUUAUUUCAUUUUAUUAACAAAGGUACGGAAAAUGUAAUAAAUUUUGACAAUUUUUCUACCUAUUUUCAGAAUAUGUCCAAUCCUGAGACGUGUUAAUUUAAAGCUUCCGGUUCUGAUAAAUAGUUUUGCUAGUGUUCAUGUUUACAGUAUACUUAGUAUUCUAAUUCAUACGACCACUAAAUGUUUUUACUUCUACUGUAGUCUGAACCGGGAAUAACAUCAAUGUUUCUCGUACAAAAUAAAUUGUGUGUAUUCUACUGUCCUCAAAGGUGAUAACAAAAAAAAUAUCAACAAAAUGUAUUAUUUCAUUUCCUCACAUAUCUGCCAAAACUUUAUAUUAUAAAUACCAUAUUUGUGGCUAUAAAAAAAUCAAUUAUCAAAUUUGGAGAAGAGUAUUAUUCAUACUUCUGAGAAAUGGUCCGCACAUUAGCAAGCCUACUCUGAUAUUUAUGGUUUUUAAGCAUUUUUGGUAAUACUUCAAAAUGGGAAAAUAGGCAUGUCGCCUGAUUUUGAUAUUUUUGUGAUUAAGGGUAACAUUUUACCGAUGUAUUUAUAGGGAUAUUUAUAUUUAUGCACAUUUUUAGUAAAAAAUACUUUAGAUUUGUUUAGAACGGUUUGAAAGAUAGAAUUAUUUUCUAAUUAAUUAAAAACUUUUUAAAGCAACAGUUAAAUGAUUAUUUUCGCUUUUUAUAAAAUGAAGACAACAAUUCUAGUUGAAUAUUGUUUUGACCUGGCCUGUUCGUUUUUGCAGUCUUUCAAAUGUCAGUGUGUUUGAAUUAUUUACGUAUAUUUAUUUAUGUAUGGUACUACUACGCUACUUUUAGAUUUUACUUUAAAAGAACAAUCUAUGUCUCAUUUUUGAAUUGUCAUUUGUCAAACUACUACAAAUUUUACAAGUAAACAUUAACAAACAUAAUAAAAAUAUGCAACAUAAAUAAUAAAAAAUAUAUUGAUAAUAAUCAGUACAAAGUAUUUAAUUUUGUCUUAACUUAAAUUAUUUCACUUUGUUGUAUGUAGGGACAAGUAGCUCUUAGGUGGCUGUUUUUGCAUCUGGUUCGAUUCCCAUUACAGAUAAAACGAAAAAGUAUUGACUUUAUUGUAUGUAGGGCUAAGUAGCUCGUAUGUGAGUGUAUCUGCAUGUGGUGCGAAUGAUGACAGUUCGAUUCCCAACGACAGACAAAAUGAAAAAGCAUUGUCAAUACGUCUAGAGCAGCUCCUCCGUU